AUGGAUCACAAUCAGAAUCAGCCUCAUGAUGGAGUGGCCCAAGGAGCUGCAAACCUUAGGCCACAGCAUCCACAGCGCCAAGCUAGAGCCAUUGGAACCUAUGAUCAACCUCACAUUCAUGAGGGCAUUCCUAGAGAAGUCUUCUCUACCUCAAGGACAGCCAAGAUCAGGAAUGAGAUCUCUAGCUUUCAGCAGAAGAACCUAGAGGGAUUUAGUAAAGCAUGGGAGAGGUUCAAGGGCUAUUGGUCUCAAUGCCCACAUCAUGGCUUCACCAAGGAGAGUUUGCUUAGCACCUUCUAUAGAGGAGCUCUACCACAGUGCAGAAACAGGCUUGAUACUGCCAGCAAUGGUUUUUUUUUGGGAAGAACUGAGGAAGAGGCAGAGGAACUGGUAGAGAACAUGGCCAAGAGUGACUCAGUCUACAGUGAAGAGCAUGAUAGGGUCAACAGAAGUGAUGAUCAGCAGACAAAGAAAGAGAUCAAGUCCUUACAAGACAAGAUGGGUUUGUUUCUUUCCAACCAAGCUAAACAGGAGCAGAUGAACUUUGUGGGUGGUCCUACUCAAGAGGUUCCUCCUAAGUACCAAAACAACAAUCAGCAAAGGCCUUACUACAACAAUCAGCAAGGAGGUUACCAAGCCAAGCAGAACUAUCCUCAAGCCAACCAAUCUCCUCAGACUCAAGAAAGCUCUUCUCAAGCUCAAGCUCCAGAUUCAAGUGUGGAUUCUAUGUUCAAGCAACUCUUGGAAUUUCAGGCCAGAAAUGAGAAGACCAUGCUUUAUGAGUUCAAGAACAUUCAUGCAAAGAUUGAUGGGAACUAUUCUAACCUCAACAACAAGUACAUGCAACUUGCCUCUCAUCUCAAGGCUUUGGAGAGUCAAGUUGCUUCUAUGCCUUCAUCCUCCAAGCAGCCAAUGGGAUCUCUACCAGAGAAACUAGAAAAGAACCGCAAGGAGUCUUGCAAUGUUGUCUUCUCCACUACUUCUUUAGAGAUUGAGCUGAGUGAUCAUGAGAAAGAGGGGGAUGAGAUUGAAAGACUGGUAUUUGGAACUGAUUUUGGGGAAGUUGAGAGAUUUUUUGUGGCCACAGCUGAAGCACAUAUUGUGAAGGAUGCUGGCAGGAAGAUUGAGGCAACGAAUCUGCAAAGAGCUGAGCAUAAGGCUGAGAAACAAGUUGAGAAGAGAGCUGAUAACAAGCUGAAAAAGGUUAAGCUAGAGGAAGCCACUGAGGUUGAGCUAUCACCCUAUGAUAAGCUCCCUUUCCCCCAAAGAGUUCUCACCAAAGCUCAGAAGAAGGUGCUCUCCAAGUCCAGGAAAGAUCUUAGUGAUGUUGGGGUCAGGCUUCCAGAAAUCUCGGGUAUGCGUGAAGCUCAUGUCCAGAUGAUGCUCAUCAAGGACAUUCUAGACCACCAAGCUGAAGUGGCCGAGCUUUUGGACAUCUCCAUUCUGAAGAUUGAUCCACCAAUCCCUCCAAAGUCCCUCCCUAAGCUUGAGUCUCAAGGGAUGUUCACCUUGCCUUGCUACCUUGGUAAGCUCACUUUUGAUGAUGCUCUUAGUCUAUGGAUUGAGCGCAUGGAGCCAAACACAUCUUCCCUACAGUUUGGAGAUUCCUCUUCUACAACUCCUAUUGGUCUCAUCAAGGACUUCCCUUUGAAGAUUGGAGCAUGCACUGUUCCUAUAGACCUCACUGUUCUGAAGAUUGCAACUGAAAAGAGAGUCCCAUUGAUCCUUGGCACUUCAUUCCUCAUAAAAGUGGGAGCUUGCAUAGACUUUGCCAACAAGAAGGUCACACUCCUAAAUGUGAACAAAGCUGUCUCCUAUCCACUACAAUCCCCAAAGAUGAAUGUUGAGUAUUGUGGAACAAUCACUUGUGGAGCAUCCUCCAUUGAGAAGACCAAGGCUGAAGGGGUUAGUAUUGAGAAAGAAGAGGAGGUGAGUAGCGCCACAAAGGCUGCUCAUGACAAGAAGAAGAUUGUGAAAGAACCUCAUCCUCCACCUCUUGAUAAGACUCCUAUUGAGUACAAAAUCAAGUGCAAGGGAAGGUCUAAGCCAUUCUCAAGUGCAAGGAUCAUCAUCACUCCUCAGCUCCAAAAUGAUCCAAUCAAGCUUCAAGAGCUUCUCUCCCACGUCCUCACCAUCGCUCUUGAAGGUGGGAAGGACCUUCCCUCUCACUAG